UUCCUGAUUGCGUGAACGAAGGCGGAAGUGAGGUGUUUCUGUGAUGUGAUGAGGACAAGAUGAUCGGAGAUCUGUUGAUAUUCGGGACCUUACUGGUGAAUGCAGGGGCUGUGCUGAAUUUCAAGCUCAAAAGGAAGGAGGCCCAGGGAUUUGGAGAUGAGUCCAGAGCACCAACAACAGGUGACAACAUCAGGGAGUUCCUGCUCAGCCUGCGCUACUUCCGAAUCUUCAUCGCUCUGUGGAACAUUUUCAUCAUGUUCUGCAUGAUCCUAUUGUUUGGGUCAUGAUCAACAUUUGCGGACUUUCACCCGACUCUCAGUUUUUCAAGAUGGAUGCUCUAAACUUCUCUUCUAGGACUUCUCUGUUUCUUUGGCCCAUUUUAACUGUAAUUAUGCCCAGUUUUCUUUACCACAUCAAAUCCUAAAUCUACUUCUGGCUGUACAGGAAUUUAUGAAUUGCUGUAUUUAUUUUGUGUAAUAGAAGAUGUUACAUUUUUCCUGUUUGUUUUUUUUUUUGUUUGUUUGUUUUUUUUUAAGGAUGUAAUUAUACCAGUACCCCUACCCUCUGCUGGACAUGUGACGUCAUGAGCCGUUGUGCUUCAGUACACAAUUUGAGAGAUUUACUUCAGCAUGUUGGCUUCUUUAUCAAAGGAACACCAGGGUUUUAAAUGAUGGUCAGCCUUUGCUAACAGGAUAGAAAAUGUUUUUCUGUGGCUUGUUAGUUUUUCUGUCAUUAAUUAGGGAUCCUGCUCUGUCCUUAAAACCUACUGUAAUCAAAGUCGGUGUUUGUAAAACGUCUUUUAAUCCUUUUUACCUGCACGGCUGUCACAGUUCAGCUGUAUCCAACAAAGUUAGAAUGAUCUCUGUCACUUUAUGAUGUGAUUUGAUAAAUGACUCAGACAUCUCCAGAUUUUACUUGUUGGUAAUGUGUGCAGCAUGUGCAUCCUCUGAUUUAUGAAAAUGUAAUUUUCCUUUGUUCUGAGGCACAUGUGCUGUAAGUAAAUGUAUAUGUUCUAUAAUGUAAAUGUGUCCUUAUUCUUAACAAUAAAAAUACAGAGUUUUCUUA